CGACGUCAAACAGUGUCAUAACAAAAUAGUUUUUCACCCAACAAAAAGGCGUUCCACUUCUCAAACGCGUUCUUUAAUUUAGGCUAGAGUGUAGUGUGUGCCUGAGUGUAGGGGGAUUGGGUCGAUACUGUAUCGGCUGGGCUGGAUAUUUGCGAUGAAACGAUCAAUUAAUUGAGCGAGAACACUCGCGCACGGUUCGGCUAAAGCGGGGGUAAUCGACGGGGCACCCGAUCACAUACCAAAGGGCAGCUCUCCUCCCCAGCAGCAGCAGCAGCACCAUAGCCCAGUGUCGGACACGCUCUGAUUGCCAUCUAUAUAAGCGUAAGAGGCUAUUGGCAUCUGGUGAACGCGAGCGCCCAUCGCUCGCGAAACCGCAUCGAAAGGGCCCUCUUUCUUUCGGGCGCUAAUGUAAGGCACAGCCCCGCUACACAAUUUCGCCACCGCCCAUUCCGUAGUUAGCCUUGGCGCACGAUGGACUCCACACUGGACCGCACGUACGUGUCGGAUUACUUUGCGAAUCUGAACGAAAUCUCGAAAAAGAUCGCCCUCGACAUCGACGAAAUACGCGGGGCGUACGAGCACAUCUGGGAGGAUCUGAGCCGCGAGGAGCAGAUGGAGAUAGUGAACGAAACCAUCAUCAAGCCGGAGCUGGCACUGAAGUACUUUGACAACUUUUCCACAUCGACCGAUUCGCUGCAGCGAAUCCUGGGCACGGAUGAUGACGAUCCCACCACCGGGGGAGGCGGAGAGGAAGACCGCAACGCCAACCGGUACGAUGGCAAGCGGCUGCAAACGUUCCAGUACGUGCGCACCGGCCGCAAGGUGAUCACGGACGACAGUGUGGGCCUGUACCGGGACGAACAUUCGGCGCCGUUCUCGCACAAAACCAAAAGCCAAAUCAAUCUCACCCUCUUCCCACCGGACCGGGCCGAGCCGGACGCGAAGAAGCCGCACGACGUCAGCGUGAAGGCGGCGGCCGGGCUGCUGGCCAAGAAGCUGCUGCUCAAAUCGCCGAAACCGGACGACGCGAACGGCGGGCCGCUGGCGAAGGGACGCGACGGGGCGGCAGCGACGAAGGCGAAGGAACUGCCGGCGUACGACAGCGAGCAGAACAUCAUCCUGACGGAGGAGGCGUACGGUACCAAGACAACCGGGGCCGGCUUCCUGAGCAAGUUUAACAAUCUCAUCUUCAACCAGUCGACCGCACUGGAGAUGACGACGGCCGCAUCGGCUGCUUCGAUCAAUGGCAGUGACGAGCUCGAUGGCGGAGCGCUCGAGCAGGACGAGUUCGAUGCGGACAACGACAAGGUGAACCUGUUCACCAAGAGCGCCAAAAACGAGUGCCUUCACCGUGCGCAGUCCUCGUCCGUGGAGGAGGACGACAAGAACUACGACGAGCUGAACAGCCUGCUCGGCAACAGUAAAGGGUUUGAUUUUCUCAACAACUGGUAAAGUAAAGGACAAAACAAAACGAAACAAAAGAAAGCUUCCCCCUUGCCUUAGCAGUAACGGUAGCACAGGCACAACACACCAAGUCUCAUGACGCAUGAGCGCUCUGCUAGUCGCUUUAGUUCUGUCUGCCGCGCUAAUGCCUCAUCCCAUGGUGAAAGGAUAGGUUUCAGGACAGUGCAGGGCUGUAAAAUAUUCUUAUUCUUUCCCGUUUUUCCUUGCAAAUCGCACCAAAGCACUGGCGAUUAAAAAGCCUUUUUCUUAGUCUGCAGUUAGCUAGAGCACUGCUUCUCUGAAGCAGAGGACGCAUUAGCUGUUUGCUCGCUAUUAGGACCUCUCUACUUAGGACUCAAUCCACUCAACCUUAUGAAAUACUCAAACACGAGAGAACGAAAUGAACAAAUAUCAAACAAUCCCAGAACAGACUGAUUGUAAUCUCACAUCAUGCUCCAUAACAGAACGUUUGUAACCUCACGGCAGUAGAAGCGGUGGCGUAGUGCGUAGUAGAAAAACAAGACUAAAUUGUCCUUCCUUUGUAGGCACACACACACCCCAUCUGGCUUAGAGGAAACCACCAGGGGGUCAUGUAUUGAAACCAAAAGCGACAAAGAAUUUACUACUGUCCCCUACUCUAUUCAACCAAAUCAUAGUAGCCUUCCGUCCAAGUUGGACGGAAUUUUGGCUCCCUGCGCAUCAUUUUAAGGCCAUUAUUAUUCAUCGUUUAGGAAUUAGGUGUAAGGGCAUUAUACAAAAAAAAAUUAGGCUACACUCCCUUCAGAAGAGUGGUGGCAUUACUAAUAUAUGUACUCUCAACUAGUGCUGCAAAAUGUCAUGAGCAUCACGAGAUGUUCUCCAACGAGAACAAUGAACACAUCCGUGGUAGCUUGAUGGUCAUUGUUGAUACUCAAUGAAAGUGCGCCAUGACAUGCGGAAAACGACAUGCGAGUGCUUGAGUCAAAUGGGAAUCUCUGACUCACAAGCUGUGCUUAAUGCUGUCACAAGCAUAAUCAUGACUUUUUUCAUGCUGUGAACAGUGCUGCCAAAUGCUUCUGUUUCAGUCACCACCACUCACGACUGAAACGAAGCUCAAAUCAGCUCACGUAAACAUCUGAGAUGAUCAGAGGUGAGACUCAAACAGUUGAUGGAUCAAUCAACAUGCUUGGUGACAUUUUAUUUAGCACCCAACUCUUGAUUACUCACUUGGUCAUGACAUUUUUUGUCGAUCUGUUUAUUGUCUGUAGGGUCAAAAAUAUGCUCAUUUUGUUCAUUGGAACCGCAAGCAUCGCAUAUCUCUCAUGACUAUCAUGAUGAUCACCGACACAAAAUGUCGCGACCAAGUGACUGAGUUGGUUGCACAAAAUGUCACCAAGCAUGUGACGGUCGCACCAACUGUUUGAGUCUCGCCUCUGAUCAUCACAGUAGAGCUCGUGACGCUGACAUGACAUUUUGUUUCAGCCAGAAUUUGUCAUAACUAUAACAUUUUGCGGAACUGAUCACAGUAAAAAAAGUCAUGACAUAGAAGCUGACCAAGCGAUGGUUGCAUUAAUGUCACGAAGCAUGCAUUGAUCACACCAUUCGUUUUGAGUAUCACCUCUGAUUAUCACAAUUGAGUGCGUGACGCUGACAUAGAUUUUGUUGCAGUCAGAUUUUUUCAUGACAUUGACGGUGACAUUUUGCAGCACUGCUCUCAACUACUUUCUAUUCUCAUUCAUCGCUCAUUUUUGGCAGUAGCUUUCCCUAAUGGUUGGAAACGGGAGGCCACGCAUAUAUUUAUUCGCAACCAACAUCAUUUUUACAACUAAAUUAAACCAACAAUCAUUCAGCGAAAUAUCAGUAAUAACGGUAAUACCUCAUCUUCAUCAACACGAAACAAAAAAAGAAACACAAACACACCCAUGUUUAGCGCCUAGUGAUGAUAUUCGAACAGAGAAAACUGACAAGUUAAUGAUAACCGAUAAUAGCUCCAGCAAACACUCAGACAUUUCGCAUCGUUUUUGGUAUACAAAACUGUAUUCAGUGCUCUCGUAGGAAGAAGAGUCAAUAAAAGCAUCAUUCAUACAUAAAAAA